AGUAGGCUAAAAAACUGAGCGCCCACUUGGGCGGGGCCGUAGGGACAAAGGGAUGCCUCGAGGAGGACUGGUGGCCGGAUGAGGCGGGCUGGAAGAUGGGAACUGAGACCAGGAGAUGGCGUAACUAGGGACAACCAAGGAGAGCUGGGCCGGAGAGACAGAAAGUUGAUGCGGCUGUUACAGCCCCACGUUGGACCCAACGUGGAAAGGGUGGGAAGAGACGCGGGAAGGAGUGGAGAACGCAGUCGUUCGAAGCUGGGGGAGUGGGGUGCGUGUCCCGAAGAGCUGGGCGGAUAUUUGGCCUCUCCUGAGGACGCCCGGGUGAGGGACCUGAUGUCCUGGUGUACAGCUUGGACUUGGGCGGGCAUCUGCGAAUGAUGAAGCGAGUGCAGAACCUACUUGGCCACUAUCUUAUCCAUGGUUUCCGAGUGCGGCCAGAGCCCAAUGGAGAUGACUCGGAGGCCAUGGUAGCUGUGUUUGGGAGCAAGGGUCUCCGAAUCGUGAAAAUUAGCUGGGGCCAGAGCCGCUUCCGGGAGCUCUGGCGCUCUGGCCUAUGGAAUAUGUCUGACUGGAUCUGGGAUGUACGCUGGCUUGAGGGCAACGUCGCCUUGGCACUGGGCCACAACUCAGUGGUGCUGUAUGACCCUGUGAUAGGAUGCAUGCUGCAGGACGUACCCUGCACAGAUAGGUGUACCCUUUCCUCAGCCUGCUUAAUUGGAGACACCUGGAAGGAGCUGACCAUUGUGGCAGGUGCUGUUUCCAAUCAGCUCCUAGUCUGGUACCCAGCAGCUGCUUUAGUAGACAACAAGCCGGUGGCACCUGACCGACGGGUCAGCGGCCAUGUAGGUGUUAUCUUCAGCAUGUCAUACCUGGAAAGCAAGGGCUUGCUGGCAACAGCUUCAGAAGACCGAAGUGUCCGUAUCUGGAAGGUGGGUGACCUUCGGGUGCCUGGGGGUCGGGUGCAGAAUAUUGGUCACUGCUUUGGGCACAGUGCCCGUGUGUGGCAGGUCAAACUCUUAGAGAAUUACCUUAUCAGUGCAGGAGAGGACUGUGUCUGCUUGGUGUGGAGCCACGAAGGUGAGAUCCUCCAAGCCUUUAGAGGCCACCAGGGCCGUGGAAUCCGGGCCAUCGCUGCUCAUGAAAGGCAGGCAUGGGUGAUCACUGGGGGUGAUGACUCAGGCAUUCGGCUAUGGCAUCUGGUAGGGCGUGGCUACCCAGGCUUGGGGGUCUCAGCUCUCUGCUUCAAGUCCCCUAGCCGGCCUGGUACCCUCAAGGCCGUGACACUGGCUGGAUCUUGGCGACUACUGGCAGUGACUGAUACAGGGGCCCUCUACCUCUAUGACCUUGAGGUUAAGUGCUGGGAGCAGCUUCUAGAAGACAAGCACUUCCAGUCUUACUGCCUGCUGGAGGCAGCUCCUGGUCCUGAGGGCUUCGGACUGUGUGCCAUGGCCAAUGGUGAGGGUUGUGUCAAGGUUGUCCCCAUCAACACUCCAACUGCUGCUGUGGAUCAAGUCCUGUUCCAUGGGAAGGUGCACAGCCUGAGCUGGGCCCUGCGUGGCUAUGAGGAACUCCUAUUGCUGGCAUCAGGCCCUGGCGGAGUUGUGACUUGCUUGGAAAUUUCAGCCGCACCCUCUGGCAAGGCCAUUUUUGUCAAGGAGCGUUGCCAGUAUCUGCUGCCCCCAAGCAAGCAGAGAUGGCACACAUGCAGUGCCUUCCUGCCCCCAGGUGACUUCUUGGUAUGUGGUGACCGCCGCGGCUCUGUACUACUAUUCCCGUCCAGACCAGGUCUGCUUAAGGACUCUGGGGUUGGAGGAAAGGCUAUUGCUGAGGCACCCAUGGGAGGGAGUGGUAGUGGGAAUGCUGUGGCUGGGUGGGGCCCUGUGUCUACCCUCCAUUCUCUGCAUGGGAAGCAGGGUGUGACCUCGGUCACCUGCCAUGGUGGCUAUGUGUACACCACAGGGCGCGAUGGCACCUACUACCAGCUCUUUGUGCAAGGUGGCCAGCUUCAGCCAGUCUUGCGCCAGAAGUCCUGUCGAGGCAUGAACUGGGUGGCUGGGCUUCGCAUGGUGCCUGAUGGGAGUAUGGUCAUCCUGGGUUUCCAUGCCAAUGAAUUUGUGGUGUGGAGUCCCCGGUCACACGAGAAGCUGCAUAUCAUCAACUGUGGUGGAGGGCACCGCUCCUGGGCCUUCUCAGAUACUGAAGCAGCCAUGGCCUUUGCCUACCUCAAGGACGGAGAUGUCAUGCUAUACCGGGCUCUGGGUGGCUGCACCCGCCCACAUGUGAUUCUUCGGGAAGGUCUGCAUGGCCGUGAGAUCACUUGUGUGAAGCGUGUGGGCACCAUCACUCUGGGGCCUGAAUAUGAGGUGCCUAGCUUUGAGCAGCCUGACUACCUAGAGCCUGGUAAUGAGGGCCCUGGCCUGACAGAUAUUGUGAUUACGUGCAGUGAGGACACUACUGUCUGUGUCCUGGCACUCCCCACAGCCACAGGUUCAGCCCAUGCACUCACAGCUAUAUGUAACCAUAUCUCCUCUGUGCGUGCGGUUGCUGUGUGGGGCAUUGGCACCCCAGGUGGCCCUCAGGAUCCUCGGCCAGGUCUGACAGCUCAUGUAGUGUCAGCAGGGGGCCGAGCCGAGAUGCACUGCUUCAGCAUCAUGGUCACUCCUGACCCCAGCACCCCAAGCCGCCUUGCCUGCCACGUUAUGCACCUUUCAUCUCACCGGUUGGAUGAAUACUGGGAUCGGCAGCGCAAUCGGCAUCGGAUGGUCAAGGUGGAUCCUGAGACCCGGUACAUGUCCCUUGCUGUUUGUGAACUUGACCGGGCUGGCCUUGGCCCCAUUGUGGCUGCAGCCUGUAGCGAUGGGGCAGUUAGGCUCUUUCUCUUGCAGGACUCUGGGCGAAUUUUACAGCUCCUUGCUGAAACUUUUCACCAUAAGCGGUGUGUCCUCAAAGUCCACUCCUUUACCCAUGAGGCACCCAACCAGCGGCGGAGGCUGCUUCUCUGCAGUGCAGCUACUGAUGGCAGCAUAGCCUUCUGGGAUCUCACCACCGUGCUGGACCGUGGUUCCACCAUCUUGGAGCCUCCAGUGCACCCUGGGUUUCCCUACCAGCUGGGCACUCCCUGCCUAACCCUCCAGGCCCAUAGCUGUGGUGUCAACAGUCUGCACACCUUACCAACACAUGAGGGCCACCAUCUUGUGGCCAGUGGCAGUGAGGAUGGCUCCCUGCACCUCUUCAAGCUUGCUGUGGAGAUGCCAGAGCUGGAAGAUGCUGUGGGGGAGGCUGAGCUGGUGCCCCAGUUGCAUGUGCUUGAAGAAUACUCUGUUCCUUGUGCACAUGCUGCCCAUGUGACAGGCCUCAAGAUCCUAAGCACAAGCCUCAUGGUCUCAGCCUCUAUUGACCAACGGCUAACUUUCUGGCGUCUGGGGCAUGGUGAGCCCACUUUCAUGAACAGCACUGUGUACCACGUGCCAGAUGUGGCUGACAUGGAUUGCUGGCCCGUGAGCCCUGAGUUUGGCCAUCGCUGUGCUCUUGGGGGUCAGGGGCUUGAGGUUUACAACUGGUAUGACUGAGGUGUCCCAUGAUGGCUGGUGUGCUGGGUAAGGGUUCUGUUCACAGAUAGUAGAGCAGGAAUCAACUGUCUGUGCCCAUGCCCAGUGUGCCUUGUGGAGGGGAUGAGGGGUGGAGAUGGAGGCUGUAGGUUCCUGACUCCAGAGCAGAAGCUGGAGGUGAGUAGAGUACUGCCUAGGUAGACCAAGAAUAUGCCCCACUCCCCAUAGCAGACAUAACUUUGUAACAAGCAAUUUAUUUUGGCUUCAAGCUCCUAAAGUCUGUGGGGUUUUAAGUUUCUUCCAGUUGAUAAUUUUACAAACAUUCCCAGAUACUUGGCCCUCUGUGGCUUUAGAUGUGGCUCAACGGAGGGAUGCCCAGCAUAGCCAGGCCAGCGUGGAGCACCUCACGCACAGCUUUCAGAAGCUGCAGGCGGGCAAACAUCUGACCAAAGAGGUGUGGCCGAGGUUCCUGGAAAAGAAGGAACCUGCUGGUCUCAUUUUUUGCUUCCCUUGUCUUUAACCUGAACCCCUCUACACUUCCCUUGUACCCACUUUUGCUGUGUACUCACCCCUAGGACAUGUACCCGGUUAUAGUAUGAGCUGAAAUCCAUACUGAGCUGUACCAGGAACUUGCAUACCUAGAGACAGAGAUAGUUACUGGCCCGUGUCUUUUGUGUCCCAUCCCAGAAUAAAGAAUAGAGUAUGA